UACUGCUCUUACGAUACUGUCUCCAUUCUCUCUAGCCCCGGCGUCCAGAAAAACAACGUUCUACGGCGCCCUAUUUCAGAAUUCAGGCGACCUUCUUGAAGCAACGGUCCAAUGGAAACCCCAUCGUCAACAAGAAGAGUCACGAGAUCUCAAACCCUAGCCUCCGCAAACAGGCCCGGCACCAACAACAACAUACCUAUGUCAAGGAAAGUUGAAGACUCUGAAAAGGGUGUUUCGAAAUCAAGGAAGCAGCAAGAUCGGUCUGCGCUUAUCGAUAUCACGAACGAUUCGCCGAUCGUUGGGAUUGCAAUGGCGAGCUUGGAAACUCCAUUAUCUACAAUAGCCAAGAAGAAGAACAGUGAAGCGAAGCAGGCCAAGACUCCUGGUUCUGGGGAGGCCUUGUUGAGGGGCCAAGUCAAGACCCUCUUGCAGAAAGUGGAAGAAGAGGCCGAGCUUUCGAAGAUCUCGCUUGAACAGAGGCCUUUUUUUCACCUCCAAGGCUUUGUCAACUCUCCGAUGGGGCUUCUGGCACCUACUCCGGCCAACACGCCGUAUGACCUGAACCUCUCAGACGACGAGAGCUUCAAGAACAAUUGCCUGGCCUCUGUCACGCCUUCGCCCGUCCAAGAACAGCUGGAGAUUUCUCAGAUGGUUACUGAGAUUUUUGACCCGGAGAAGAGUUUGAUAACCAGAUCUUUACUCCUCGACUUCUCUGAGAAAUCCGAGGGCUCUGAUUCAUCAUCAUCUGUGGUGACACAUGAAGGAGGAGAGAGCGAAGGCAAAGAGAAGUCAUCAUCCAUGGAGGAUGAUAACGAAUCUGUCUGGUCUAUUCAGGUCAAUGCCAGUAGCAGAGACGAGGAAGAGGAAGAAGACGAGGAGGUGGGAAUCGAAGAAACUGGAGAAGUAGAAGAGGAAUACGAAAACGAUGAUGGAGGGUUAGUGGAUGAACUGUGUGAAGGGAUUAGAAGGAUUAGCGUGAACGGAGAGAAGAACAUGACCAAAUUCAGCGGCAAGCACAUCCGGUUUGUGUACAACAGUGAGGAUGAAAUCGAAGGAGAAGAAGAGUGUGAAGCUGAAACUGAAGCAUCAGCCGGUGUUCUGCGCUUGAAGGGCUUGCCGAUGCCGAAAGGGAAGCACUUUCGGUUCCCUGAGGCUGAGGAUGGAUUGGAAGAGGAAGAAGAAGACUGUUGAUAGCUGACUUUUGAGCAUUGAGGUGGGGGGGAUUGAGAUUUGAGAAACAAGGUCACUCUUGUGGUGACACCCCACCAUUUUGACAUUAGGAUUUGGUUGUGUUUUUGCUUUUCUUCUGCAUAUUAUUCAUUCUUGUUUGAAUUUGGGGAUACUCAUACUGGGAGUUAAACUGAUUGGGACUCUCUCCUCUUGGUUGAAUUUUAAUCAAAGUUCUUUCAUCAAUUUGCUGCGUCUUUCAUUAGCCAC